UGAGUGGAGCAAAACUAUUUGUAUCUAUUUUCGGAGCAUGGGAAUGACUUCUCAUCUCACAUCGAUCCUCCUAAAGGAUCUGUCGACGAAGAGGAUUAUCUGUAGAGGGCGGGAGACUGAUGGCCUAUACAUAUUUGAACAUCAAGUACCUUCCUCAUUGACUUGUUCAUUGUCGAUUAGGUCAUCUAUCUCUACAGAAUCUGAAGAAGUUGUGUCCUGAGUUUUCUUAUUUACCUUCUCUACACCUACAAUGUGAGUCUUGUCAGUUUGCUGAAUAUCAGCGUAUUCAUAUAAGUCCUAGAGUCUGUAAUAAGCGGGCCUCAUCCCCAUUUGAGUUAGUCCAUUCUAAUGUUAGGAGACCAUGUUCUGUUAUUUCAAAACUUGGGUUUAAGUAUUUUGUUAUGUUUGUUGAUGAUUACUCUCGCACUACUUGGCUUUACUUUAUGAAAAAUCGAUCUGAGGUAUUCACACAUUUUUGUUCACUCUAUGUUGAGAUUAAAAACCAGUUUAAAGCUUCAUUCAAACUCUUCGUAGUGAUAAUGAAAAAGAAUAUUUGUCCCAAACAUUUCAGUGAUAUAUGAUUCAAAAUGAGAUUCUUCAUGAGUCUUCCGUGUUGACACACCAGCCCAAAAUGGGGUUGCGGAAUGACAGAAUCGUCAUCUCGUAGAGGUGGCUUGGGCUUUAUUAUUUCACAUGACUGUUUCUAAAGUCUUCUGGGCUGAUACAGUUGCUACUGCUUGUUUUCUUAUCAACCGAAUGCCUUCCGUUGUCUUGGAUGGUAAAAGUCCUUUUUCAAUUUUGUUUUGCUACAAAAUCAUUGUUUUUUGUAUAAUCAAAGAUCUUUGGUAGUUCCUGUUUUGUCCGCGAAACCCGACCUCACAUAACUAAGAUGGAUCCAAAGUCUCUGAAAUGUGUUUUUCUUGGUUACUCUCGACUUCAAAAAGGGUAUAAGUGUUUUUCCCCCAUGCUUAAUUGAUACAUUGUAUCAUGAGACGUUACAUUCCAUGAGAAUAUACCCUUCUUUCCUAUGUCCACUCCUUGCAACCCAAGCGAUAGUGAUGAUUUUUGGUGUAUAUCAUACCUAUUUCUGAGUCUACUACCUCAUCCGACUCGACACAGACCCAUGAGCCUACCAAACCACCGAUAGUUCAUGUAUAUAAUAGGGCAACGACCUACAUCAGAUCUCGACCCAACACCAUCUUCAUCAUCGUCCAUAUAUCUGCCUAAUGAUGAUCCUCUUACUUUGGGUGAUCCACCACCUUCCGAUACACAAGUUCCUGAUCUUGAUGUUCCCAUUGCUCUUCAGAAAGGAGGUUGACCGUUUUGAUGAUUUGAAAAGAAUUUUACAGAAGGAUGGGUUUAGAGGAGUUUACCAGGCUCGUUCUGGGGAAGCACGUGAUGGGUGUGCUAUAUUUUGGAAAGAUGCAUUAUUCUCUCUUCUACAUAAGGACAACAUCGAGUUCAAGCGGUUUGGCCUUCGUGACAAUAUUGCUCAAUUUUGUGUUCUAAAGAUGACUGCAUACCAGAAACAUAUUGAUGACCCUGAAAACCUAAAGGUGCAACCCUCCCGAAGCAUAUUGGUUGGAAAUAUACAUGUGCUUUUCAAUCCAAGUCGUGGGGAUGUUAAGUUGGGUCAGGUACGAUUAUUUCUUGCGAAGGCUCAUAGACUUUCACAGAAAUGGGGAAAUAUACCUGCUAUACUUGGUGGAGAUUUAAAUAGUAUGCCUCAGAGUGCAAUGUAUCAAUUCAUAGUUUCAUCCGAGUUGAACAUCCAACACCAUGAACGCAAAAGAAUAUCUGGGCAGAUUUGUCCGUUGGAUCACCCGAGACUUCCAUCUCAAAGUAAUUAUUCUUCUAGGCUCCAUAUGUAUGUCUCUAGGCCAUUACUACAUAGAUGGAGUAAAGAAGAACUAAGGCUAGCAACCGGAACAGAAGAGUCGGUAUACCUUAGGCACAACUUAAAACUGAAUAGUGCAUACCAUGGAGUUCCAGCUAGUCGUUUGACAAGAGAUAGUCAUGGAGAACCUUUAGCGACAUCCUUCCACUCCAGAUUUAUGGGCACUGUUGAUUACAUAUGGCAUACCAAGGAACUUGUUCCUGUGAAAGUUCUUGAAACAUUACCGAUUGAAAUUCUGAAGAAAACAAAAGGGCUUCCGAGUAAGAUAUGGGGAAGUGAUCAUCUUGCUCUUGUGUGUGAACUGGCUUUUGCUGAUGAAUCUUGUGGAACAUGAUAUUGAAGUCAAUAAUAUACUUUCUGAAGCGACCUGAACAACAUUGUGUCAGGUGGCUGGUUUGAAAUAUGCAUACCAACUUGUAGCCCGCAGGUGGUGUAUAUUCAUGUGGGAAAUCUGAAGUUCACUUUUGAGUUUGGGUGAAAAUGUGAAUAGUUUUGGUUUGUACCUUGACUGAAGUUUUGAAUUACGAUAUGUUAAUUAAUAUAUACGUUAUUUUUGAAACAUCUGUAGCAACCACACGUGUAUAUGGAUGUCUAUAUAUGGAGCUCUUAGCAAAUGUAUAUGAACAUGUUUAAAUAUGAAUAUUGGACACCUAAUAGCAAACGCAAUAAAAGCUAUAGUAACUAGCACAUACUAAAAAUUCUGAUUUGUAGUAAAAAUUCUAUUAUGUUGUGCUAUUAAGGUUGUGCAAGGCAGUUACAGAAGAUACCAUACAGGGGAUACUUUUCUUACCUACGUCAAUAAGCUACUUUUACAAUGGAUGACAUACCCGAAGGGGGCCAAACAACCCCUUAGCUUGGUGAAGCUUGUUGAAACACUGUUUUGUCGAUGGACACGAAGGCAGAGGUAACAAGAUUGCCCACUUAGAAUUCCUUGUUUUGGCGAUGUUCGUUGGCUUGAUCGACCAUUUGCUGUGGAGUUUGAUUUAAGGUUUGCUUAGAGUUCUCACUAUACGGGUGUAUUCGACCACUAUGGUAUCGAUGGAGGCAAUUAGUGUGGU